GAUCAUCAUCCUUUCUUCGUUUGCCAAACGUGGCACCAUUUUGGCUUCCGUUUUUCAUCACUUUCAAGACAUCGCCUCAAACAACCUCUGUGUCUUCCAACAUCAUCGAAUCCAACUAUUAAGAAGCCCUUAUGCAACAUAACCAACUUUUCUAAACUCCAAACAACCUUAUCUCUGUAUCUAUUCCUUCUUCUUAAGCUAAAAUGGUGGUAACUAAGGCAUUGUUACCUUCUCAUCCACACCCUCUAUGUUCCCUUCCAAUUUCUCCCAAAACCAGAGGCCUCACACUCCACCAAGUAGACCCUUUGGUGAGGUUCAAGUUGGAUGAGAGAAAGCAAAGGAAACAUGUGGCUCAUGUGUCACUCCAUGACCCUUUGGUUUCUUCUUAUGCUCUUGCUGACUUCUUCAUCCACCAACACCAGCAAAACCCUUAUAGUCUUGUAUUCUUGGCUGAUAGUGUGGGCUACUCUUUGGCUAGCUAUUACACUUCUUUGGGUCUCUUUGUCAUCUCUGUGCCUGGCCUUUGGUCCCUCAUUAAACGUUCUGUCAAGUCUAAGAUUGUGCAGAAGACGUUUAUAGGUGAAGGUGAAAAGAAGGCACCGAAUCAAGUUGCUGGGGAGAUUUUAUCGUUUUUCACUCGUAACAACUUUGCAGUGACUGAUAGGGGAGAGACAAUCACAUUUGAAGGACAGAUGGUUCCAAGCAGGGGUCAAGCAGCACUACUAACCUUCUGCACUUGCAUCAGCUUGGCAAGCGUGGCCCUUGUGCUUACCAUAACCUUCCCAGAUAUUGGCAACAACUGGUUUUUGAUCACGCUCUUAAGUCCAUUGGCAGGCGUUUAUUACUGGACUCGGGCAUCCAGAAAGGAGCAGAUUAAAGUGAAAAUAAUAGUUGCAGAUGAUGGAAACUUAUCAGAGAUCAUUGCCCAAGGUGAUGAUCAACAAGUCGAGCAAAUGAGGAAGGAACUCAAAUUCAGUGAAAAAGGAAUGGUGUAUGUUAAAGGCGUUUUUGAAAGAUGACCUAUUUCUUCAGGCAGUAGAAUCAGAAUGCUAAAGAAUGUUGAGAUCAAUUUUAUUCUGUAUUUGACAAUAGCUAAUAAUCAAAAUCAUAUUAAAAUUGUUAUACA